AGUUGUCUUGCUUGGCCAUGUUAUCUUCACUCGGGCCAACCUACGUUCACCUUAAAAACAUCCAGCCAUCCAGACACAAAUAAAAGAGGUUAGCAUUUUUUCUGGAUACCAACAGUCUUGUCAGGUUGUGUUCGGCAACACCGCACUGUUUCUCAUUCUCCCAUGGUAUUUCUGUAUGAUGACACGUGACACUGUUUUGACGUUUUCCCGCCAUUUCUGUUGGUUAGAAUAUAAAGGUUUCGUACCAUUGUUUCGUCCUCUCUUUUGUGAAAAUAUUAUGUUUUGCAAAUAAGCAAAGGAGUGUAAUAUUGCAAAACUGCUGGGUCUACUCGAAUAUCAUUCAUUAGCUUACAAUGUCUAAGAACGAAAGAAGACAAAGCAAUACUUUGUUCAAUUAUUUCCAAUCUCCAAAGGUGGAAAAGAAUGGAAGUUCUGCUAAACCAACCCCGUCUAAAGUUAGCAAGACAAACGGGGAAACAAAGAAAGAUCGCGACGGUUCAGAUAGUGAAAACGAAAUCAAACUUACGAAAAAACGCAGCAGAAUAAUGGUAAUGGAUUCUUCAGAUAGUGAAGAUGAAGGUGAUACUAAGCAAGGCAAGAAAUUCAAGAGAAAAGUUGAGAGUGAUGAAGAACAAUCUACCCCCAAAAAGCCAAAAGGAAACAAAAAAGUAAAAAAAGUAGUUUAUAGUGAUGAUGAAUCUACAGCAAAGAAAAAAACAUUAUUUGAUAAGUUUAAGAGCUCUGGUUCCUUUGGAAAUACAUCAAAUGGCUCAGAGUCACCAGCAAUUAAAGUUCUGACAGAUUCUACCUCAGAAGAACCAGCCACUUCUCAGCCAAUCAUCUCAGAUCCAAACUCUAGCUGGGCACAUAACACUCUUCCAUUUUUAAAACCCGAGAAGAUCAAGGAUGCAAAUAGAAGAAAGCCUAGUGAUCCAGACUAUGAUCCAAGGACACUGUUUGUCCCUGACAGUUUCCUCAAAGACCAAACACCUGCAAUGAGGCAGUGGUGGGAGAUUAAAAGUAAACACAUGGAUUGCAUUUUAUUUUUUAAAGUAGGAAAGUUCUAUGAAUUGUAUCAUAUGGAUGCUGUCACUGGUGUGGUUGAACUGGGCUUCACAUAUAUGAAGGGGGAGUUUGCUCAUUCUGGAUUCCCAGAAACUGCCUAUGCAAAAAUGGCAACAAUCUUAAUUGAAAAGGGAUACAAAGUUGCCAGGGUUGAGCAGACUGAAACUCCCGAAAUGAUGCAAGCAAGAACAAAGAGUGUUAAAGGUCAAAAAGUUGUUAGAAGAGAGAUCUGUCAAAUUUCAUCCAAAAGCACCAUGGUAUGCACUGCCCAAAUGCCUGAAGCUCUGAAUGAUAGUAGGAAUUAUUUGUAUGCCAUAUGUAUGCAGCAAGGGUCCAAAGGCAACAAUCGAGUUGGGAUUUGUUUCGUUGAGACUACUCUGGGUACUAUCAUCAUGUCUGAAUUUGAUGAUGAUAACCAUUUUUCAAGGUUGCUAGUUUUGUUUGCCGAGUAUCCUCCUACACUGAUAUUGACAGAAAGAAGCAACAUUGCUCCAGCUUUGUCAGAGAUUCUCAACACACAGUUCAAAGAUGUACAAAAGGAGACACUGUCCCCAAAUACUCAGUUUCUUUCUGCAUCAGAAACUUUGAAUAAAAUAUCGAUGGGUAGCUACUUUUACGAUAAAGAUGGAAACUUCCAUUGGCCUGAAUUCUUCAAAAAUAUCGCUGACGAUUGUUUGCCAAAGGCUGCGUAUGAACUUUCCUUAAGAUCUUUGGGAGCCAGCUGGUGGUAUCUGAAGGACUCCCUACUAGACGUCCAUGUGUUUUCAAUGGCCAAAUUUGAAUGGUACGAUCCAGUAGAUUGUCUCUCAGAAGAAAAAACUUCCAAAGUAAAAGACCACAUGGUCUUAGAUGCAGCUGCUUUGAAAAACUUGAACUUACUAGGCCACGAAGGAUCGCUUAUGAAAGUUUUGGAUCACUGUGCAACACCUUUUGGAAGAAGGUUGUUGCAAAGAUGGAUCUGCAGACCAUUGUGCGACGUGGUGAAAAUCAAAGAACGGCAAAAUGCUGUUCAUUAUCUUGCUGAAAAUGGGACAGUCUUUAAAAAUACUCAGACCAUUUUACAAAAAAUGCCUGAUUUGGAAAGAGAGCUGGCAAAGAUACAUUUGUUUGGUAACAAGUUUUAUGCCACGGAACACCCAGAUAGUAGAGCAGUGCUUUAUGAAGCUGCAACAUAUUCUAAGAGGAAAAUCAUGGAUCUUGUACGAAUGCUGAAAGCUCUUGAGGAUGCUCAGGAGAUAGCAGAGGUUUUUAGAGAUUGUGAUGAUAACUUUUUGAAAAAACUAACACAGUUUGCACCUAUUGGAGUGAACAUCGAUCUGAAAGAAGUAUUGAGGUACUUUAAGAAUGCGUUUGAUCAACAAAAAGCGGAAGCAGACGGUAAAAUAAUCCCCAAACGAGGGGUUGUCGAGGAAUAUGACGAGAUCGAAAACAAAAUCGAAGAAAUAAAUUCUCAGUUACAAGAUUAUCUUGACGAGCAGAGUAAAUUUUUUGGUUGUAAAGUGAAAUAUUUUGGAACCGACAAGAAGAGAUACCAACUGGAAGUUCCAGAGAACAAAAGUCAUCGAGCUACUACUGAAUAUCAGUUAGAAGGAGCUAAAAAGGGCUCUAGUGCUGUUAAGAGGUACACUACUAAAGUUACAAAGUCACUUCUAGCAGACAUGAUGAAUGCUGAAAGUGAAAAGGCAAAGCUUAUAUUAGAUCUGAAUCGUAGAAUUUUCGAAAAAUUGUUUGAGCAUCACGAGAAAUUUGACCAAGUGAUACAGUGCCUGACAAUGUUGGAUGUGCUCUGUUCUUUAGCUGAAUAUGGAAGAACAUUUUCUCAAGACAUGUGUAUGCCAGAAAUAUCUCCAUUCAACGAUCAGCCAGUGUUUGUAGCAGAGAACGGUCGAUAUCCCUGUGCCCCCAACAUUGAAAGCUUUGUACCAAAUGAUACCAAAUUUGGAGUAGAUGGUACACCUAAUAUAAUGAUUAUUACUGGACCAAACAUGGGCGGUAAAUCCACAUUGAUGAGGCAGGUGGCAAUCAUCAGUAUCAUGGCCCAAAUGGGUAGCUAUGUUCCAGCGUCUUCCUGCAGUCUCUCCCUAAUCGACAGAGUAUUCACCCGCCUGGGUGCUCAAGACGACUUGGUUCAAGGUCAGUCCACGUUUUUCGUGGAACUGUCAGAAGCCUCUAGCAUCCUAAAACACGCUACCAAACAUUCUUUGGUCAUAAUUGAUGAAUUAGGCAGAGGCACUUCGACACAUGACGGCAAUGCUAUUGCCACGGCGUAUGUCAACAAGUUGACGACUUACGGAUGCAGGACGAUGUUUUCUACCCACUAUCAUUCACUUGUUGAUAAUUUUAUUGGAAGGAGUGAAAUCCAACUGGCGCAUAUGGCGUGCAUGGUCGAAAACGAAGACGACCCCACAGAAGAGAGCGUUGUAUUCCUCUACAAAGUCGCAGAAGGUAGAUGUCCAAAAUCGUAUGGCUUCAAUGCUGCUAAAUUAGCGGGAUUGGAUAGAAGCAUUAUUGCAAAAGCGCGCCAGUAUGCUGCGGCAUUAGAACAGGAAGCUAAAAACAGGAAAGCGAUCAGAGAAAUUUACCAUGCGGAGGAUAUGAAGGUUGUUAGACAGAUAUUGGGUCGAUUGGGGAUAUAACAUCUUUUGAAUUGAGAAGAUUAUCGAUAAAUGUUAUUUUUAUUCACUAUUUGGAUCAUUUGAACAGUUUUUGAAAGCUAUUGUUUAAUGAUGUUUUUGUUGAUCAGAUAUAAAAAACUGCAACGCUACUUUUGACAAUUACAAGAAAUGCAGUUGAAAAGACAUUUUUAUUUCAAUGUUACCAUGUUAUUGUAAUAGAUUUGUGAUGAUCUGACUUGCUUAGUUACUGUGUAACUUAUCUUUAUUUUCUGUGCUUGUUGAUAGACGUGCUUAGGUUAGUCUCAUAAAUGUUCAAGUUUUUUUAUUGCAUUAUUAAAGUAUCAACAUUGUACUCGAUGCUUGUUGUUCAUUGUACGAGGAUUUUUAUUGAAUCUCAUAAAUAACAUUGCUGGUGUUUUUUCUCCUUAAUUGUGAUGCGGUUGAAUCGUCUUCAGGAAUGGGAAUUGAAAUGACUGAAAUCGGUUUUACUGCCCACGCCUACUGUUUUUUGGAUGUUAUAU